AUGCUGAUACCAUCUUUUAGAGACUAUCCAAUAGAGAGUUUCCUUGUUUACAAUCCGACCACUAGGCUGUCAAGAAAUGUGAGUGCGACCAAUGCUAAUAGUGUUGUGGCAUUUGCCUUAGCUUUUGAUCCUUCAAAGUCGCCCCAUUACAAGCUUGUAUUCAUUACGGCAACCACACUCUUUUGCACCAAUCCUCAUGAUCAGAUACAUACUUACCAGAUCGAGGUUUAUGAAUCAGAGAUUCACGCCUGGAAGCUCAGGUUGGGACCAUUUACGUUCCCUAAGCAGCUUUCCCAGUGUGGCGAGUGCUGGGGUGCGGGUGUGUAUUGUAAUGGCUCGAUAUACUGGGAGAUGUGUGAUAACAUCGUCUACUAUGAUAUUGCUCAGAAUGAAUUCAAAACUUUCUCUAUGCCUCAUUAUCAAUCUUACAAGGCAGGAGAAUUCAUCAGUGGGAGCAUUUCCUGUCUCCAAGAGGCAAAUGGUCGUCUAUACAAAUCUAGAUAUCUCAGAAGGGACGACAGUAUUCUAUCAAUUGAGGUGUUUGAGUUGGAGAUGAAUGAUGAUCGUUCUUCUUCAUGGCUAUUGAGGUACGAGGGAACAAUUUCUCAUCAUGAACCUAGCUUAGCUUUUCAAUUGAGAUUCAUAAAGGGAUCAUACGACACUGAGAUGUGCAGUGCAGUGUUCAAUAUUUACGGAAAGAUCAUAGCCUACAGUUUCCUCGACAGCAGCUAUAAGCUGCUUGUUGAUAUGAAUCGCCAUCCAAUUCCCAUUAGUUUUGGUCGUCAUGGUUCUAGUAAAAUGUAUGAAUUUGUUGAAUGCUUAGCUGUGGUUUGA